AUGAAAUCAAACAAUCUACCAGUUGACCAGAAACAGAGGAAAUUAACUCAGUUAGCAUCAACACACAACCAAUAUCAACCAUUUUCUUCUUAUUAUCUUUGGUAUCUAAUAGACAGAUUUCAUUUUAUCAUUGAUGACAUUCAAUCAAUUUUAACAUUUACGAAAAACACUUGUUUUAAUGAAUUUGCGAACGAAUUUAUGAACGAAAGACAAAAGGCUGAAUUAGAAGGAAAUAAAGGAAAAAGUUUAUUUUGCAAGAUUUCACUUAAUGGAUCAUAUGGUUACGAUGCAAUGAAUACACAAAAUUACGCAAAGACUAAAAUAAUGAAUGCACAGAAGGCACGCGUUGCAUGUAUGUCAAAUAAGUUUAAAAACAUAAGAGAAAUAGGAGAGGAUACGUAUCAAGUGAUGCUUAAAGAUAGAUUUUAUAGAUGUGAUACAUGUUUACAAGAGGCAUUCUUCACUUUAGAUAAUGCUAAAUACUGGUAUUUGGUUUUCAUUUAUGAUUUUAUGUAUAAAUGCUUGAAUGUUAAUCGUUUUCAUUUCAUUGAAGGUGAUACCGAUUCAUCUUAUUGGGCAAUCGCUGGCGACCCAAAUCUUCCUAACACUCAAGCAUUUCAAGCAAUUGUAACCGAUAAAAAAUUUUAUGAUAAAAACAUUUUCAAAUUCGCACCUUUUGAUUUCUUCUGUUUUAAUGAGAAAUUUAAACCUAAAUUAAAGAAUAAAGCUGAAGAAAAAGCACAUGAGAAGAAGUUAUUGGGUUUAGCAAUUGAGAAACAAGGUGAUAACAUGGUUGCUUUAUGUCCUAAGUGUUAUACUUCAUUCAACGGUUCAAUUGAUGGAAGUGAUUUUAAAAAGAUUGCACAAAAAAUGAAAGGAGUUAGUUUACGACAAAAUAAACAAUUAACACCUAAAAAUUAUUUGGAUAUAAUAAAUGAUAAAGUGAUAUUUGAUGGUCAGAAUAUUAAUUUACAACUUAAAAACGGGUCAAUGACUCGCUUAACAAUCGGUAAGACUGCAUUAACAGGAGCACACACUAAGGCUGUAUGUUGUGAAAAUGGAUGUUGUAUGCCAUUUAUUUAA